AUGACCAACUCCUGCUGCUCCCCUUGCUGCCAGCCUACUUGCUGUAGGACCACCUGCUGCAGGACCACCUGCUGUAAGCCAACCUGUGUGACCAGCUGCUGCCAGCCAUGCUGCAAACCCAGUUGCUGUGUGAGCAGCUGCUGCCAGCCCUGCUGCCAGCCCAGCUGCUGUGAUACCACCUGCUGCAGGACCACCUGCUGUAAGCCAACCUGUGUGAGCAGCUGCUGCCAGCCCUGCUGUCAGCCCAGCUGCUGUGAAACCACCUGCUCUAGGACCAUUUGCUGUAAGCCAACCUGUGUGACCAGCUGCUGCCAGCCAUGCUGCCAACCCAAGUGCUGUGAAACCACCUGCUGCAGGACCACCUGCUAUAAGCCAACCUAUGUGAGCAGCUGCUGCCAGCCAUGCUGCCAACCCAAGUGCUGUGAAACCACCUGCUGCAGGACCACCUGCUGCAAGCCAACAUGUGUGACCACCUGCUACUACACACCCUACUGCCAACCUAGCUGCUGUGAGUCCAGCUGCUGCCAGCCAUGCUGCUGCCCAACCUGCUGUGAAAACACCUGCUGCUAG